CAGCCGCAGGUGGCCACCCAGCAGCUGGCCUUUCAGCAGCAACUCCUCCAGAUGCAGCAGCUGCAACAGCAGCACCUCCUGUCUUUACAGCGCCAAGGCCUUCUUACCAUUCAGCCAGGGCAGCCUGCCCUUCCCCUCCAGCCGCUCGCUCAAGGCAUGAUUCCAACAGAACUGCAGCAGCUCUGGAAAGAAGUGACAAGUGCUCAUUCUGCAGAAGAAACCACAGGCAGCAAUCACAGCAGUUUGGAUCUGACCACGACAUGUGUCUCCUCCUCUGCACCUUCCAAGACGUCCUUAAUAAUGAACCCACAUGCCUCUACCAAUGGACAGCUCUCAGUCCACACUCCCAAAAGGGAAAG